AUGAUGGAGGCACCUUUUGUUAUUGUUGGCGGGGGGAUUGCUGGAGUAUCGUGUGCAGAAAGUAUAUCAUUUUUAGCGAGAGAUGAAAAGAUAAUACUGAUAAGCGCCAGUCCGCUUGUAAAAACAAUAACAAAUGUUGCGCCAAUUGGAAUGACAAUGAUGAAGUUUGAUGUUGAAGAAAAAGAAUCAUCGUCGUUGACAGAUAAAAAUUCAUUAUUAACGGUAGUAAAUGAUAUUGUGACGCAGGUUAAUAUUAAUGACAAGACUGUUAGAACAGAAGAAGGAUUAGUAAUAAAAUAUAAUAAAUUAUGUCUCUGUAAUGGAGCGAAAGCUCGUGUUAUUUGCGAAAAUAAUCCAUACGUUAUUGGAAUCCGUGAUACCGAGUCUGUGGAAAAUUUUUCCCGUAAGAUAACGAACGCACGGCGGAUAAUUGUCGUUGGUAAUGGCGGCAUUGCUACAGAAGUUGUCCACGAGGUAGAAAACGUUGAAGUCAUUUGGGUAAUUAAAGACAAACAUAUAUCAGCGACUUUUGUUGAUCCCGGAGCUGCGGAAUUUUUUCACGACAAAUUGACUAAAGACAAAUCAUCAACUGGUGAAAGGAGUAAUAUUUGUAAGAGAUUUAAAUACACAAUAACUGAGGGAAGAAACAGAAGUGGACUUGGUGCUGCACUAGGUCCCGAUUGGCACGAGUCGUUCGCUAGGAAAGGUUUAGCUCCCGAUGCUAUAAAAGUACAAGUUGAGUAUGAAUCAGAAGUCACCAGAGUUCUCCAGCCUGAUCAGGUACCGAGUACAUCUGAAGACUGGCCGGUUUACGCGGAGCUGACUAAUGGAAAGACAAUUGGAUGCGAUUUUAUAAUCUCUGCAACUGGGGUCACGCCUAAUGUCAAUUUGUCUGGACUGGAAGAGCUGACUCUCGGCGAAGAUGGGGGAUUUUUAGUUGAUUGGAAGCUGGAGACAUCAGCCACUGAUGUCUAUGCUGCGGGAGAUGUGUGUUCAGUGGGAUGGGAUCUGGCGCCCCAGUGGUUCCAAAUGCGUUUAUGGACGCAGGCCCACCAGAUGGGUCGUUAUGCCGCAAAGACGAUGGUGUCGAGCUACAAAAAUGAACGAUUUCUCCAAGACUUUUGCUUUGAACUUUUCACCCAUGUCACGACUUUUUUUGGGUACAAAGUCGUGCUUCUUGGUCUCUACAAUGGGCAAAAACUGGGCAGAGAUUAUGAAAUUUUACUGCGAAUGACCAAAGGCCUCGAGUAUGUAAAACUUGUGAUGAAAGAUAACAAACUCCAAGGUGCAGUGCUGAUUGGCGAUACGGAUCUGGAAGAAAUGUGCGAAAAUUUAAUUCUUAAUCAGCUGGAUUUGAGUAUUUACGGCGAGGAUUUGCUAAACCCAGAUAUUGAUAUCGAAGAUUAUUUUGAUUAAUUUGUUUUAUUUUUAAUUUGCGUCGCAAUAUAUAUAUAUAUCAAUCAAAACUUCAUCAUGUUAUCGAUAAUUAAUAAUAAAAUCACAAUUAAAUAUAAAAAA